UCAAUUUCACACACUCUUGCUAUCUUUUUCUCUUUUACUGUCUCUGUCUCUCGCACACUCUAUGUCUCUCACUGUCUUUGUCUUUCACACACUGUCUCACUAUCACUCUGUCUCACACAUUCUCUCUCUGUCUCUAUCUGGCUCUCUUCAUCUAUCUCAUUGCCUUCCUCUCAAUCUGAAAAAAAAACAGCUGAAAACAAAAUAUUAUAUUUAUAAAUACCUGGUUAGACAAUGUCAUCUUAGUGAAAAUAUGAAAUGGAGGUUUGAACGAGUGAAAUCUAAUCAUUGCUGUGCAGUAUUAUUAGGAUGGAUGUUUCAUCUGUGUUCUCCCUGUGGUACGAUCAAAGGAUGCUGACAAAUUUCAAAAUGCGCACACUCUAUCUGUCCCUGUUGUUGCUGCUCAUGACCCCCAUGUCAGAUGCGGCUGAACUGCAUAACAAUGUCUUGGCUUACAUUGUUAACCGUUUCCAUCGAAUGGCCGGGAAUCGGAUGGCUAGAAAUCAGGGAGGAGAAUUUGCCUUCCUGAUGGCUUUAACCCCUGCUGAAUGCGGACAAACCAACAGUGCUCCACACUUUAACCCAGGCAAAUCGAGACGCCCUUCAAUUGUCGGCAGUGCGAACUCCUUCCGAAACGUCCCAAACUCAAAUUACAUCGCAGUUUAUCCGAACAGUGGCAGCCGUUGCUCGGAGAAUAAAUUGCUGUACCCCACAGAGAACAACCAGGAAAUCGCCGCUCAGCAGUUUCAGAACCAGCUGAACCAACCAGUGGGCUGUGUCAUUCUCUACACCACUUACACGCCAUGCCUGCGGAGCUGUUUCAUUAACAUGGAGAACUGCACCAUCAUCCCUGCCUUGCAACAGCCCCCGUUUCGGGACAUAUGGACUGAACCAACAAUUCACAAGUAUUUUGUCUUCAGCAGAAUAUACAAGAAUGAUAACAAUACGACCGAAUAUCAGAGAAUCAGUGGAAGGCUGAAUGAAGUGCAGCGUGCUGGGUUUCAUAUCAGAAGGUGUGAUGGAGCAGAAAACGCAAUCAACUGUAUAGAAUGCACCCAACCUCAUUACUGUAUCCCAUAGGCAUCGUCACUAUGGCUGCCAUUAACACAUCAGUGAGACCUGGGAAUUUCUCUAAAUGAGUGCCAUGCCAAUUCGAAUAGGUUUAUCCCAUUUUAUACUAGUGUAAUAAUCCAAAUUUACCAACAUUCACUGAUAUCCUUUCUGCUUGUCAUUCAAUGAAUCACACAUGAUGUUAUCAGAGCGAAACAAGUCGGGCAUCAACUCAAUAAGCUCAAAAAUCCCUCACAGUUGCAAUUAAUUCCAUUCACAACCUCUUUGCUACCGUCCAUCAACACUUAGCAAAUGCAACACAAUACUGUUUCCACAUUCUCCAUUUCAUUUCAGUUCCAACCCUGAUCAUCACUGCACACAGAGAUAUCUGACAGCAAUGGGAAGGGUGUACAGUAACAUUCAAACCCAGUGCUGGAAAUGUAUGUGAAAUAACAACACUAGGGCCCAUGCCCAUCUCCAAGUCACCCUUUAUUCACAUAUGAACAGUCCUUGUCUUUAGCACUGCACCAUGCAGAGAUAGCUACCAGAGUGUCAGCAUCUCUGACACUCACCCUUCUUAUCUGUCAGCCACAGGUCCCUGAUUGGGCUGGUAAUACGGCCCAGUCAGGGGGCUCAUACUCUCUGAGGUUCAGCUGGCCGACCUGGUCACCACGGCAUUAUGGCCGCUGAAUAUCAAACACACACUAAAAAGAAACAAUUACAUUCCAGUGGUAAAGGAAGGAAUGAGACCAAACUGGGAAGGGAAAGGGAGCUUCAUGUUGGGGGUGGCUCAGAGAGUGGAACAAAAUUGAAUGGCGAGCAGACCAGCAAAGAAUGAGGGAGACAGAUUUAAUCACCUGAAUGAAGCAUUCCAUUUAUGAAAUGGUUUAAGAGUUUGUGAGCACACCAUGUUCAGUUUCCCCUAUUUUGAUCAGUAAUCCUUUGUAAAGCAUUGACAGGGGCAAUUUCUGCAGCAUUUCCAAAUGUUGUCUCUCUAACAUUGUACUCCUGAAAUUGGUUGAACAGCAGAGAUAUCAUUUCUUUGCACUGUUGUAUUCAGUGAAAUGCAUGCAUGACUACAUGUGAUUUUUCCUGCUUCUGCUGUACACAUUUCAAUUCAAGUUAAUCCCACUGUUCAAAAAACAAA